AUGAAAGCGUCGCAUCCCACAGCUUUCCUCUUGAAAAAGCGCCAAGCACCCUGUGCAGUAUGCACCAACAUCGCCCCCUGUCCCGCCUGCCCAAAAGGUCAGCAAUGUCAACAGAUCUUCCGCACCUCCUGCCAAGACUGUCCCGUCAACAAAUGUGUCCCUAUUCCAGGCUACGACAACGGUGGAGGCACCAACAAGUCUGCCCUCGGUGGAGGACUUGCUGCGCUUGUUAUCAUCGCAAUAGCAGCAGCGAUCGGCUUCGGGUUCUGGCGACGUCUCAAAGCAAAACGUUGUCGUCGUAUCGCUCUUCACCAAGAUGCCAUGCAACGACGUGAAAAGGUCAAGAACGAGAAAGAAGGUGCAACGCUCCAACUCGGAGGAGGAACAAACCCUCCUUGCUCGCCUCACGAUCCGAACAAUUCUCCUUUUGCGAUCGUCGAUGCGGAUGACUUGGAUAACGAUACAGAAUAUACCCAAGUUACUGGCGUGCUCAACGAUCAAGAUAGACUCGGCUCGCUGGUUGAGCCCACUGCUUUUCGUCGACGCUCGUUUGGUGCAGCUACCCACCUUUCGCGUAUUACUGAAGGGAUGGAAGAGGAGGAAGAGGAGAUCGAUGCCGAAGCUGCAGCAAAGAGUGCCAAGAGAAAGACGGCUGCUUCGGUGAGAUCCAAUGCACAUUCGUUGGCAAGUCGCGCAGGUCCACGUGUUAGCUUUGGAAGUGGUAUUAGCUUUGGAAGUGGAAACAUCAUCCCGAUCGCUUUCAAGCCUUCUCCAUCUUACACUUCCGGUGGUAGUGUUGCAGAAAGCGAGGAGGAGUCGAUGGAAGGAUACCAACCAGUCUCCUUACUAGCCGUACCUUUGACGGCUCAUCGCGCAACAGGAGCACCCGCAAUCCAAGUCAACACAGCCCGCACCGGUCCAAUCCGUCCCACCCGUGCACCCGAUCUCAACCUCAAACUUCCUGAAACACAGAAAUAUCAACCGACACCCUCUUGGCCACUCGCCACCAUCACCAAUACCACCGCUGCUACAAAAGAGGCUCGGUACGACUUUAUGUCUGUCGAUCCCGUCUCUGCUCUCACCGCCUCUGGUCCCUAUAGCCGCUCCAACCGUCCUCUGUCGGGGGCGACGAUUAACACUAUCAAUUCGGCCCACUCGAAUUCUCUAUCGUACGUCAUGUCCGCGCCUCAAGUCAUCACUCCGGUUAGCGGCGACCGGGUUCGACGAGUACAGUUGGGCAAUGGAGGAAAAGCCCAGCUGGUCAAAGUUCCCUCGCUCAAACGCAAAGAUAAGUCUCCUGAAGCGCCGAACCGUGAAGACCCGUUUCAAGAUCAGGGUGAGGCGGAAUUGCUUCCUCCCCCCACCAACCGAUUUGGCUCUUCUCCUUCAGGAGAAAGAUCUUCAACCAUCUCCACCUCGACUUUGGGCAUUCCAUUCGGCGAAAACCCAUUCGGCCAAAGUAUACAGCCUCCGGAGAAUCAGGCCAGCCCAAGCGAUGCAGAGGAGAGAAGCUCCUGGUUGGGUUCAUCUACAGACAUUGGCGUGACCAAGAGAAGUAGUGAUCCCUUCAAGGAUCCCACUCGAAAACAGAGCGGGGAGAGCGGGGAGGAGGAGGUGAGAAGAGCGAGUAUCGGUGGCUUGAGUUUGUUGGGUCAAUUCCCGUUCGACUUUUCCCGGGCGCAACUGCCAGAUGAUGCUGCGAAACGCGUUGAACAGUAUAAGCGAUAA